CAAGAUCUAUUGUUGGAACGAGGAUGAGCUCAUCGUUUAGAAGCCAGUUUCAGAGCAGAGCGAGGACGCAGCAGCAGCAGCAGUGGACAAACAGUCUGCAAACCUUUGAGCUUCAGGAAGAGGACGAGAAGGGACACUUCUAGUAUGGUUUGGUCCCGGGAGAGAGAGGCGGAGCGGCCUCCACUGUCCGUCAUCCUGCCGCGGCUCUACCUUGGAGCGGAGAGCGACGUGACGCAGGACCGGCUGGCCUCUCUGGGUAUCUCCUACGUUCUGAGCGUGAGCCGCUGCAGCCCCCAGCCCUCCUUCCUGCCUUGCUCCAGAUAUCUUCGCAUCCCCAUUGACGACUCCCUGUGGGAUGACCUGCUGCCCUGGAUCCCACAGGCUCUGCAUUUCAUCGAUGCAGCCAUGUCCUCUGGGGCCUCUGUGUUGGUUCACUGUGCAGCGGGAAUCUCUCGCUCCCCGGCUCUGGCUGUAGCCUACAUCAUGUACAGCUUGGGAAUGGACCUGGACCACGCCUACAGGUUUGUGAAAGAGCGUCGGCCCUCCAUUUCCCCAAACUUCAACUUCCUGGGUCAGCUGCAGCAUUUUCAGGGCACUCUGAACCAGAAGGCCUCUGGUGGCGACCUCCUCACCCAGCAGCUGGACAAUCGCCUGCCGUCCAUCAAUGACAGAGUUAACCACAUACACACCAGUCAGAACGUCAAUUAUCAGGCGGACAGCUUCACCGGCGACUCAGCAGAGGUCAAGCAGGCCCACAGAGAGAAUUUCUACCACACAGACAAAACACAGCAGCAACACUCACACUCAGAUGGAAGUGGAAACCUGUCGGGGAGACUUCGGACUCUACAUUUGACUCUCAAUCAAAACCAGCAGCAUGUCCAGACUCCAUGUGAGGUUCCAGCUCCAAGCCCCUGUGAGCCAGUCAGACCAGCAGCAAAGCCCACACAGCUACAACUCCCAGCAGGCCCUGCUUCUCUAUUAGAGAAACGCAAAAGUCUCACCCUCUCUUUAACCCCUUUGGGAAUCUGCCCUCCGUUCCCUGCAAGUGGCAGCCAGCAAGCAAGGGGCACCACCACGUCCAAAACUGUCCACAGUAGGGAGAUGGGAGACAGGCUUGGGGCAAAGAUGCAGAGUAACACUGGCUCCUGCCGGCAGGCAGAGGACACCCACAGGGAGCAGAGCCCCUCCCACAGCAAGUGCAGCAUAGCCGAGGUGAAGGAGCAGGGCCUGCUGUCGCCGUUCAGCUUCACUCUCAACAAGCUGCUGGGCUGGGGGGAGAGGGUGCUGCUGGGAGGGGUCUUUGUCCACCCUGUAAGGAUGGGACAGCCUGCACUGCCACACAGGUGCUGAGGGGGUGGGGCAUGGGGGGCUUGGUGUGUCUGUGCAUGUUUGUCAUAAGGAACCAAACCACACAUGUGAUUCAUACAUACAGGUCUGAUUCUAUUUAUUUAAUUAUUUAUUGCAGAGCUGAAUAUAAGAACUAUACUUGACAAUAAACCUCCACACAAAUGCAUCUUGUCUGUUACACAUUGACACUGGGCAGCUUAUCUGGUCAUUUGUAAGAUGCAGUUAUUUUGAAAGACUUUAAAAGACUUUUGGCACAAUGGCUUGAAAUGUAUUUACUGAUGAUUAAAGAUGACAUUUUAACCCUG